AUGCUCAUGUGUUAUAUCCACGAGAUCCAAAUUGACGAUCCAGUCCUUAAGAGGUCAGAUGUUAUAUCGAUCGGCGUCCCAGACUCAUCCACAAUUGGGAAAAUAGCCGCAUCGGGAUAUAGUAACGGGAAAGAAACGAAGAAAAGAAGAGCACCAUACUUUAUGGAAAGACAACUUGAAACAGGCAAGAGUGAUGUAGUUGGGGUUUCAAGAUAUGCCUCGCUGGCUGCCAAAGGAAGUGAUCACCUCAGUGUAAUGAGAAAGAUCAAGCCGGACGUGCCGCGAUCAUCUAGCUUAGCGAGCACGUCUACAACGAACAAGGCUGUGUACAGCAUCGUGAUGGUUGCAAGAGAUACGAGCUCACUAGCCAAGUGUGAUAUUUGGUUUGACUAUAAGCUGACACAGGCAAUCAGACCGUUUGAUGCUCAUAUUCGAGGGAAAUUGAAGUUCCAGGGACGUGGUCGUGACAAGCUCCAGUGGAAGCCAUCGGGACCCCUGCUUUCGAAACCGAUCCAUGCAGCCAUGCCCACCGGACUAUGCCCCUUUCUCACACUUGCAUUGAAUAUCUUUUCAGGGUCGUUGGUUUCAUGA